AAAAUAAUGAAAUCCCACAACUCAUUCAUCGAGAGCAGUCUUGACGAGAUCAAGAUUAACAGUAACAUGGAUAUCCGCCUUGACAAGCUCAAACAGAUUGGCACUACAAUCAUGAGAGAAAGCCAGAAAUAAAUAAUACGACUAAGAUCAACAUCUGAUCAUCCCCUGAGGCGAUCAUUAAGGCUCUCAAAAAUGGAUAUCAGCUUAAUACAACCUAUAAGUCAAAGCCUAGCUUGCUAAGCAAGCAGGCUUUGAAGAAGAUCUUUCGCAAUGCUAAAAUAAAAUAAGAAGCAGUUACUCCUAGGAUCUUUUAGAAGCAGGUGCAAGCCAGAUAAUCGAGCUAAAGAGGCUUACUGCUUUGUGACAGAAAAUUCUAUGAUCCAAAACAGACAACAAAAAUGACAAACCGUUCUGAAAACUAAAAGGAGGUUUAUAAAUAUUCACAGAAGUGAUCAAGGAACUCCAGAAAGAGACAGCAGACCAUGAGACCUUAUCUCACUAGAUAUCCCGAGCGGUAAUCGGCUGACUGGUCGUCAAAGUAGACAAGAGGUCCACCGCUUAAGAAUGAAUAAUUCAAUGAAUUCAAGCUACAAAGCAAGCAAGUACAAGACCAGAUCUAUGAACCUGUCUAAAAAGUCUCUUGAGAUUCAGUCAAAGUGCUCUUCAGCACUUGGGAUAAAGAAGAUCUCAAAGAAGUUUGAAAACUUUUGAGCGUACCACAAUAACCCGGUGUUGGUUGAUGAAAACCAGAUAGAAUCUGAGAAGAGCAACUAUUCUUUGUUUAUGUCUCCUCCAGCCCUGAAGGAGUUCAAGAAUAUCAAAAGGAAACAUGCUCUAUUUCUGAUCAGGCUGGGCAAGAAGCCCAUCUGGAUGCCACAGAAGUUCAAAUUGACUAAACUCUCUAAACUCCAUAUAUAA